AUUGAAAAGAAAGUCAUUCCAAAAUUGGAGGCAGCUAAAGUUGAGCUCAAAUCCAUCAAGGAUCAGCGCAAUCAGGGUUUGAUGAGCAUUGGUGCUACACUCGACAAGAUCAUCGCUGGUAAGAGUGAAAAGGAAGCCAUUCCAUGGGUGGUGAUGCGUGAGAAAUUGAAACAUGUCGAAAGCGUACAAAAGCAAUUGGACAAAUUUGAUUUGGAUGAAGUUUACCUACGACCAAUCGAUCAGCCGAUAAUCGUAGACAAACAAACGCCGCAAGAGGCGCAACAAGAGCAAAUCGAACGGACUAAAGAAAUUCAGAGGCUGCGUAGCAUGGAAAGUUUGGAAAUUACUGAGAUGACAGAGCAGAUCGAAAAACUAAUAACCAAACAUCAAAAGGAAGACACCAUUCCAUGGAAGGAAAUGCGUCAGCAUCUGAAGAGUGUUCAGCGUGUGCACAAUCAAAUCGAGAAGUUCAAAAUUGAAGAAGUGGAGCUGCGUCAUUUAGAGGCGCAAACCACAACUACACAGAAAGUGAGCGGCGCAACACAAGACACAGUCUAUAUGACUGUGGAUGAGAGCUCAAAGGGAUCCAUACAGAAGGUGCUGCGCAAAGAAGACAUCCAGCAGUAUGGUGAAGACGUCACCGAUCUGCAUAAGCAACAGUACAUCAUAAGUGAAGACAUUAACAUGCUGAGUGUUGCUGAGCGUGAGCGGCUUGAAGCUCAACGCAUCAUACAACAGCAGCAGCCAGUAAACUGGCGCCAAGGACAAACGAGGCCAAAGCUACAACCACUCACAUCGAGAGAGGAUACUUCCAUACUGAAGACGGGCGCCACAACUCAAGAGCAGUUCACACAAAGCUUGCAACAGCAAAAGUACACCAGCGUUGAAGACACGAAAAUGAUGAGUAUUCAAGAGCACGAGCACCUUCAAAUGAUGAAGCGUACACAGGACGAAAAAACGGUGGAUUGGCGCCAACAGAGGCAAACACAAGAAUUCCAGCAAGUAGAAGAUUCGACCAGACUAGCCAUUCAAGAGCGGCAAGAUACUGAAGAACAGCAAUUCACACAACCACAACCAACAAUGUGGGAUCGUGGCAGUAAAAAGCCGCUGCCUCAACAAGCACAGCCUCGACAGCAACAACCCGCUGCACAGUAUCCAGAGCAGCCUAAGACAUACGAGGAAGCAGUUGAUGUGUUGCCGGAGCAACCUGCGCCUGUGCAACCAACAGACCAGCCUACACCAGUUAUGUGGGAACGUGGUAGAAAGAAGGUAACUACUCAGCACCAGCAAAUGAACGGUACUCAGCAAAUGUCAGAGGUGGCCGAACAGCAAAUUAUUGAUCAACAACAAAUCAUUGAGCAACAACAAUUUGUUGAAGAAACCAAGAAAACUACCGUACGCAAAACAAUUGCACCGCGUGAGCCUGAACAAAAGAUAGAACAAGUUGUACUAAAGCCUACACCUCGACCACGUCCCAAAUUACCAGAAAAGACUGAAGAAAUCCAAAUUCAAACACUGAAGCGCACACAGGCUACACAUACUGUCGAAGAACAGCCAACCCGCGGCUUUGAAGAAGCUGUGGACACACUCGAGGGAGUGGAAAGACCACAACAACCUGAGGCACCACAGCCAAUUAUGUGGGAACGGGGAAAGAAAAAGCCUAUUAAAGCAGAUGAAGUAACUGCUGAACAGCCAACAAAAGCUUAUGAGGAAGCUGUAGAUGAGCUGCCAGAGCAGGCUGCCACUCAACAGCCAGAACAACCUCAGCCCGUAUUGUGGGAUCGUGGCAAGAAAAAACCAACAGCCCAAGUUCAGGAAACACAACAGGUAGAAGAGAAACAACAAACUGUUGAAGAACGAAUCACUGAAGAACAAACUGUGGUGGCAGAUGUUAAGAAAGUCGCACGCAAGGUAAUACCACAGGAGCCUGAACAGAAAAUGGAACAGGUGGUGCUUAAGCCAACACCAAGACAAAAACCGAAAGAGACGCCCAAAGCAGAAGAAGUACAGCUUAAGCCAACCAAACGGCCGCAACCCACACGUGCCGCAGAAGUGGAACAGCAGCAACCAAGCCAAGCAUAUGAGGAAGCAGUCGAUGAUCUUCCUGAAGAGCAGAAGGUACAACAGGCAGAGAAACAAGAGCAACCAGUUAUAUGGGAGCGUGGUAAAAAGAAACCGGCCAAACCUACAGAGCAGAAGGUGGAAGAGCAACCCACAAAAGUUGAUGAAGAAGCUGUUGAUGAACUAAUUGAGGAACCACUUCCACAGCAACCAGAAGAGCCACAACCCACCGUAUGGGAGCGUGGAAAACGGGUGAAACCGCUGCCACAAGAAGUUACCCAGGUUGAAGAAAUAAAGCAAGAGUCGGUUUCUGAAGAAGUGAUUGCUGUUGAAGAAACCAAAAAGAAGGCUGUUCGCAAGAUCAUUCCACAGGAACCAGAACAAAAGAUGGAACAAGUGGUACUCAAACCUACUCCUAGGCAAAAACCAAAAGAAGCGCCUAAGCCAGAAGAAGUUCAACUGAAACCUCUGCAACGGCCACAGCAAAAGCAAGUCGAAGAAGAGAAGCCACCACAGCCUACAAAAGCAUUCGAAGAAGCUGUUGAUGAAAUAACAGAAGACGUCGCUGAAAUAGAAGAACAACCACAGCCGGUCAUGUGGCAACGUGGCAGGAAGAAGAAACCUGUCAAGGUUACUGAAGAGAAACCAGAAGAAUUGCCAGCACCUACUCAAGAAGAAGUGGUCGAUGUAUUGGAGGAGCCAGAGCCGGAGCUACCAGAAGAGAAAGCUGUAUUAUGGGAACGGGGCAAGAAGAAACCGAAAACUCCAAAGAAGGAGGAAGAUGAAAUUGUCGAAACGCAGAAGGAAGAAAUAAAAGAACAUGAAGUGGUUGAGAAGAAAAAGGUUAAGAAAAUCAAACACAAACCUACUGAUACAGAAGAACUCGAGACGGUAGAAGUAAUGCCUGAGGCUGAGGAAGAAGAAAUCGGUGAAGAUAUACCGGAAGAAAUACAGCCAACAAUAGAAGAGCACAAACAAGAACUAGAGACGAGAGAAAUUGUGGAGAAAAAGACAAAGAGGAAGCUGAGGAAACCAAAGUUACAAGAAGAUGAGGAAAUUCUAAGUAUAGAUGUUCCAGACGAAGAAGUUGAAGAGACCACCGAAGACAUCAAAGUAGAGGAAGCUACUGAAGAAAAGAAAAUAAAGGUGAAGAAGGUUAAGAAACCUAAAAAGAUAAAGACUGAGGAAGAUACUGAAGAAGUUCAACCCGAAGAGGUUCAAGGAGAGGAAAUAGAAGAAGAACUUAAGCCAGAAGAACCAGUGCCAGAAGAAAAGGCUCCGAUUAAACGGAAGAGCAUUAAGCCAGAAGAACCUGAACAGGUCGAGAAGGUUACGCUGAAACCAGUACCACGCAAACAGUUACCGAAGCCUGAGCAAGAAAAGCCGGAGGAAGUUACACUCAAACCAGUCAAAAAGGUCUCCAUUUCAGAAGACGUGCAACAACCCAAGGAAGUUGAAGAAACUACCGAAGAUAUCAAAGUAGAAGAAGCCACUGAAGAAAAGAAAAUAAAGGUGAAGAAGGUUAAGAAACCUAAAAAGAUAAAGACUGAGGAAGAUACUGAAGAAGUUCAACCCGAAGAGGUUCAAGGAGAGGAAAUCGAGGAAGAACUUAAACCAGAAGAAUCAGUGCCAGAAGAAAAGGCUCCGAUUAAACGGAAGAGCAUUAAGCCAGAAGAACCUGAACAGGUCGAGAAGGUUACGCUGAAACCAGUACCACGCAAACAGUUACCGAAGCCUGAGCAAGAAAAGCCGGAGGAAGUUACACUCAAACCAAUCAAAAAAGUCUCGAUUUCAGAAGACGUGCAACAACCCAAGGAAAUAGAGGUGUAUUCCGACGAAGAAGUGCCUCAAAAGGUCGUUGAAGAAGUCAGUGAGGAAGUCACUAAGAAACGUGUAAAGAAGAAGAAGCCCAAGAAGAAGACAGCUGAACAGGAAGAAGUGGAGGAAACCGAACAACCGGCCGAAGAAAUAGAGGAAGAAGAGGAGGUAGAGCCCAUACCAGCAGAAGAAAUUGAAGAACAGCCAACAGAGGAAGUGGUUGAAAAGCCAGAAGCUGUUCCACGGCCCAAACCAAAACCAAAAGCAGUACCUGUUGAAGAAAAGGUCGAAGAAGUUGCCCUCAAACCGAUCAGAAAAGUUAAAAAGGAGCUUCCAGAAGAGCAAAGCGUUGAGGAAGUGAAAUUGAAACCUGUGAAGCGGCCAGAUCAAGUGCCUGAGGAGCAAAAACUAGAAGAAGUUGUGCUUCAACAUGUCGAAAAACAAGCUGACGAAAUCAUUGUUGAGGAAAAGAAGAAGACAAAGAGAGUUAAGAAGCCGAAACCAGAAGAAUUACAGGAAAUUCCAGAUGCGGAGCCGGUGCAACUAGAAGAGGCUGAGCAUUUCGAUAUCGAAAAGGAGCCGAUCGUGCAGGAGCCACAACCGCAAGUGCCUUGGAAGCGCGGCGAAAAGAAGAAACCAGUUGAGGAACCCAUUGAAGAGAAACAGUGGCCGACUGGCAAGAGGAAACCACGUCCGGAGGAACAACCAGAGGAAGUAACACUCAAGCCCAUUCCACAAAAACCAAAAGAAGAGCCAGAAAAGCCAAUCAAGGAAGUUCCUGCACCAAAAUUGGCACCUGAAGAACGACCACAACCAGAAGAUGAGGAACUUGAAAUCACACCAAUACCGGUGGAAGACGAAGCGGAGCCACAAAAAGAAAAGCUAAAGAAAGAAAAGAAGAAGAAACCUAAGUUGAAGAAAGCAACGCCGUCCGUUGAUGAAAUAACUGAAGAAAUAGCUGAACCAUUCAAUGAACCCAUAACUGAAGAGGAUCAAGUCGACGAAAUUCCUAUUGACGAGGUCAAGGAAGUUGCCGUUUCUGAGGAAGUUCUGCCAGAAGAAGAAGUCGUCCCCACCGACGAUUUGCCCACCACCAAACAAAAGGCCCAUAAGAAACGCACAAAACGUCUAAAGGAUGUAUCAUUCGAAGAGCAACCAAAGCUGCUUGAAGCCGAAAUUGUUGACCUUGAAGCCGAAGAAAUUAUCACACAAGAAUCCUCACAGGAAAUCUCACAAAAGACCAUUCAACUUAAGAAGACUGAAGAUAAUCGACCUCAAUUCAUCACUACGGAGCAAUUAAUUGAGCUCGACGUAGAUGACGUACGCAGAGGUAUUGACAUGAAAGUUACGUCGAACAUUGUCAAGAAAGAAACACGGCGCAUCAUACUGGACGAUAGCCAACCGCUGCCCGAGCUCGAAUUGAUCACACAAAAGCGUAUACAAGAGGGUAUUGAUAUGCUACCCGAUGAGGAAUUGAUUGAAGAC